UGGCCAGUAAGGCAGAGGAGAACUUACUCCUGGCUUUUGGCUCUGAUCUUGGCGAGCGCAGGGCAUCGGUCAUUUUUGCUGACACACUCACACUGCUUCUUGAAGUUUCAGGUUAUCCAGAGCAGCAUGAUGAGGGGCAUGGCUACAGAAAAGAUUGAACCCAGAGACCUGGAUCCCGUGUUAUGUGAGGUUACCUUAAUGAACUCGAGAGCCGAGCUUUACUUUCGAUUCUUGAGGCGGCGUAUAGUGGCUGACUUUGAGGUUACAGAUGCAAUGGCAGAUGAAACUAUUAUACAAGAGAGGCGUUAGUAUGUAAGCUCUGAGCUGGAUAUCCAGUCAGUGCUCUGCAGGACCUGCAGCGUCGGGUCAGCAGUGCCGUCAGUCUGAUGCAGAGCAGCCUACAGCAUGGCAAGAUAACAAAUCUGACACAAACGCUUGGGAUUGAGAGCCAGGAGCAGGCAAAGAGCGCCUACUUGGUGGCUCUCAAUAAUGUGGAGGUUUGCAGUGAGAAUAUCAGCACCCUGAAAAAGAAUCUAGAGAGUGAUUGUGUCAAGUUGUUCAGUCAGGGGGCGGGCUCAGAUCAUGCAAAGGCAAAGAUAGACAGCUGUGUAUCUGAUUUGGUCAACACCUCCGGCAAAUUCAAGGACCUCCUCCAGGAGGGUUUACAGGAGCUUAAUAACACCUCUAUCAGGCCACAAGUAAAACCCUGGAUCAGCAGCUUCCUGUCCGUCUCACACAAUAUUGAAGAGGAAGAGUUCAGGGAGUAUGAAGCCAAUGAUCCUUGGGUUCAGCAACUCAUUGUCCAGUUGGAGCAGCUCAUGGAUGAGUUUAAGGUGUCCCUGUCACCUGUCAUUUACGAUACUCUAAUUAGCCUGAUGACAAGCCUCAUAGCCAUGGAGAUGGAGAAGACGGUGUUCAAAUGCACCUUCAGCAGGAUGAGAUGUAAACCUGUCCUGCGCAAGUGAACAGACACACAUUUGCUUUAAAUUACAGACAUCCUAACUGUCCUCUCCAUCCUGGUUCGCAGCAAGGUGGAUUACAGUUUGAUAAGGAGCUGCGCGCUUUGGUUGUCUACUUCUCCUCGGUCACCUCCUGGACCAUCGGGGAUAAAUUUGCUCGACUCACACAGAUGGCAACUAUUCUCAAUUUAGAACGAGUGUCUGAGAUCCUGGAUUAUUGGGGACCCAACUCUGGGCCUUUGACUUGGCGUCUGACCCCUGCAGAGGUUCGGCAAGUCUUGGCUCUAAGGGUAGAUUUCCGCAGCGAGGACAUUAAAAGAUUACGACUCUAACAGAGAUAAACAAAAACACUUUCCACUUGAGGCUUUUAUGCAUAGAAAUUGUGUUGAGUGGAGGUGUGUUAUGUCUGAACAUAUGUAUGUAUAUAUAUAUAUAUAUAUAUAUA